AUGAGAAUGGUUAUAGAAAUAAAUAAUAUUUUAUUUAGAAAUCCAGUGAAUAAUGUAAACUAUUAAAUUAAGAGUUUGUUAGUCUAUAUAAUCAAGUAAAUUCUAUAAAUUUUAAGAAGAAUUGUUAUUUAACUUAGAGAGAUUAAAAUUGAUUAAUUAAUAAAUAUUCAAGCAUUUGAAGAUUUCCUUAAGAUAUCCAUCAUUUUAAUUAAGUCUUCUAUUUAUUUAAAAGGAGUGGUAGCAUUAGAGUCAACUAUAAUAACACAUGGGAUGGAAUAUCCAACAAAUGUAUAAACAGCUUUAGGAGUGGAAGAAGAAAUUAGAUCUAAGGGAGCUAUACCAGCAACUAUAAUAAUUAUUUAAGGAAUAAUUAGAGUUGGUUUAAGACCAGAAGAGAUUGAGGAAAUUGGAAAAAAUAAAUAAAAAUAUUAGAAAUGCUCAAGAAGAGAUUUUGCUUAAAUAAUUGCAUAAAAGGGAUAUGGAAGUACAACUGUAGCAGCUACUAUGAUGAUUGCUCAUAUGGCUGGAAUCAAAGUAUUUGUUACAGGAGGAAUUGGUGGAGUACAUAGAGGAGCAGAACAUACAUUUGAUAUUUCUGCAGAUUUGGUUGAAUUAGGUUAAACUCCAGUAGCAGUAAUUUGUGCAGGAGCUAAAUCUAUUUUAGAUAUUCCUAAAACUUUAGAAUAUUUAGAAACAUAAGGAGUUCCUGUAGUAGGAUAUAAAACGAAACAUUUUCCUAAUUUUUUUACUCCAGAUUCUGGAUUAUUAUGUAGUACUAAUUCCAUAAAAUUUAUUAUUCUUUAUUUUGAGUAUUUAACUGUUAGAUUUGAGUUACCAAGAUAUCAUUAUUUUUCCUUAAUUAUAAAUUUUCUUAUUUCAUUUAAUGUAUUAAUUCUUAGUUGA